AUUCAUCUGACGACCCUGAAGUAGAUAUUGAAGGUGACAUUCCUUCAAAUCUAAUAGCAAUCGAGUUGAAUACAUCAUGCCCCAACAUUCCCCCUCAUCCUCCCGCAAUCUACCUCGAUCUACCUCUCGCACUCUUCAUCACGAUCAUUUCAUAA